UAUACGCAAAUAGAAAAUCCCGCCCGUUGUAUAACAUGCCCACGUGACCGAGAGCAGCAGACGAUCUGUCCAGGUGAGAACGUCCACUCAUUAACCGAUCCGGCGUUGGCCACCACAGUCCAGCAGGUCAGAAUGGAAGCAGUGAUCUUUGUAUUGUCCAUCUUCGUCUCGCUGUCAGGAUGCCACGUAGCUCGUGUGGAAGAAUUUCGCCAAGAUGUCAAGCAGGCGGACCCAAAUAAAGUCUGGUUGUUUGCUGUGGAUGGACGAAAACGCCCGUACAACUUUUUAGACGAUAUGGGGCAGCUGACCGGGUUCGAUGUUGAUCUUGUUACUGCAGUCUGUGCUGUAGCGGGAAGGAAAUGUUCCAUGGUUCUGGCUGAGUUCACGGAGUGCACCUUCACAAACAGGAACAUCAACUACCCAGGCAGAGGGCUAAUGGCCGGCUGGUUUGACGCGUGUCCUGGAUACGCCAUUACCAUUGACCGAGAGAGCGGCUUUGACUUUACCUCUGCCUACCUCAGCACCGUCUCCACCUUCACCGUGGCGCCUCAAAACCCAGAAGGAUUCGACCCACAGGCUGACGACUACUCCAACUUUACUCUUACUCACCUGACAGGUGCCCCCACAAACGCCCAGUGUUUGAACCGCUUGAAGAAGAAAUUCGACCGCAUUAUCAUCGCGGCCAAUCUUCCCGACGCCAAGGGACUCCUGCUUAAUAACACGGCCCAGGCACUAUUUUCUCCAAGGACCAACAUCACAGGUCUGGACACUCUGCCCAACAUCUUCUCGUGUGACGAGGGCGGCGCCGGGGUCAUGGUCAAGAAGGGGAGUGAACUCCCAAGUUGGUGGAACCCCGCUUUUCAGUCUCUCUACUUGUCGGGGGGUUACACGUCCCUGUGUAGUAAUGCUCAGACAAAAUAUAACUAUAAGGUGCGAUGCCUACCCCCUCCGGCGUCCCAGACUCAGGAGAUCUUGAGGACAGACAGCCUGAACCCCUGGGGGUAAGAAGUGGAGACAAGAGGCAACCAUUAACCAAGCAAGGACACCUUCGUUAUUAGUAUUAACAUUCAUCUUCUAUGCAUAACAGUCAACACUGGCCAGGAUACAGUGAAGCGUCUUUCAUCGGAGUGUUCCCGUAAAUCUUCAAACCCAAUCUCCGGGUUUAACGCAUAACUGAUAAGGACUGUGAGCCAAAUGUCCCACUGGAUGCAUGUAGAGGUGCCAUCAGGUAUCUCUUAAAGGGAUGUUUCUGGAUUUGUUGAGUCUUAAAUAACAGUCGUCAUUGUCAAAGUGAAGAAAUUCAAUCAAGCGCGGGUAAACGGCAGGAGUAACUAUGACUCUGUUAAGGUAGCCAAAUGCCUUGUCAUCUAAUUAGUGACGCGCAUGAAUGGAUUAACGAGAUUCCCACUGUCCCUAUCUACUGCCACAGGUAUCUGUGCAACGGAAGCUUUCACUGUAAGCCACCAAUACCUUGAGGUGUUAAUAUUACACAUGUUACAGCCAUUCACUGCCGUCUUCCUACUGUUUGAAGCCCAUUUCUGGUAUACCCCGCCGUGAUACUGCUGGAUUAUUGCUAAAGGUGGCAUAAAACUAAACUCACUCACUCACUCAUUCACACUCACUCCUACCAGACUUUACAUUACGGAGAAAUCUCAGUUGAUGAAAUUACUGUUUCUAGUAUUCUGCUUUUAAUGUAGGUCCUAGCGGUGUAGAAGAAGACUGCAGAAAAAUGAUGCAUGUAUACAGUAAGAAUGUUUUAGUUCAUUGUAGUCCUUGAUCAGUAGAUUCUCACAGCUUCAUACUUUUGUUAUUUUCAGAAUAGCGUUUUUCUAUUUUAUAUACUUUAUUCGAAAUAAAAUAUACAUGUAUUUCUAUGAAA